AUGGCCGAUUUCAACACCUCCCAGGUGAUGGGUGUAACAUUUGAAAUCACGUCCAGGUAUACAGAACCGCAGGCGGUUGAACUGGAUGCCGCUGGUCUUGUUUGCUCCGCAGAGGAUCAAAUCCUGCACAAUGUGGUCGCCGUGAGGAAAGUGACAAAGCCCUUUUGCUCAUCUGUCCUUGCAAAGCGGGCGCUUCGUGAAAUUAAGUUACUUCGCUAUUUGCGACAUGAAAAUAUUGUUGGUUUGAAUGAUAUGUUCAUAUCUCCCAGCGAGGACUUAUAUAUCGUCACAGAACUCAUGUGGACAAACUUGCAAAGACUUAUUGAUCGAGGCCCAAUGGAAGAUGCCUUUGCAAAAUAUUUCUUGUACCAAACACUGCGAGGACUGAAAUAUGUUCACUCUGCAGGCAUCAUACACCGUGAUCUCAAACCAUGCAGCAUUUUGAUCAAUGACAACUGCGACUUGAAAAUAAGUGGUUUUGAACAUGCACGACUACAGGGGCCCCAGAUGACUGGCUAUGUUGUGACCAGACUGUACCGAGCGCCCGAGAUCAUGCUCACAUGGCAGCAAUACUCGGCCAAGGUAGAUGUCUGGAGCUCAGCUUGUAUUUUCGCUGAAAUGCUGCAAGGAAAGCCGCUUUUCCCUGCCAAUAGCCAUGCCGAUCAGUUCAGUCAAAUUGUGAAGCUUCUGGGCAGUCCGCCCGUGUGGAUCGUGGAUAUGAUUACGAACUCCAAUACAAGAGGCUUUGUUGAUUGUCUGCCAAAGUGUCAGCGGAAGGUUUUUGCAGAUGUUUUCCCCGGUUUUGACAAACAAGCAAAUGAUCUACUCGAAAGAAUGCUAGUAUUUGACGUGAACGAGAGGAUCAACGCCAGAGACGCACUUUCACACCCAUACCUGACAUUAUACCAUGACCCCAGCGAUGAGCCAGUAGUCAGGGAAACUUUCGAUUGGUCUUUUGAUCACACUCAGGGCUCCGUUGACAGAUGGAAACGUGUUGUAUACAAGGAAGUCUGGAAAUUCCGAAAUUUAGAAGACAAGAACGGGCUUGUGAUGAACAUGAGCAUGAAACCGAAAGAGGAUACUGUUCCUAUCAACAUUGUUUCAACAUCGGAUGCCGAUGGGAAUUCCUUGACUCACAUGGACGAAUUUGACGAGAUAUUAUCUUCAUUUUGUGAAAACUUUGACUCGGGCGAGAUGGCUGCGCCAUAUCCAACCGCAGAAAGCAUUACUGGAACCUCUUAA